AAUAAUGGCGGAACACUGCUUUUAGGAUUCGGUGUCUUAGCAGUGCAGGCCAACACGCAACAUUAUCGUGACAAAUGACAGAACAAGAAAAACGUAUCUCAAAGUACAGUGCGUUGAUAAUAUCUGAGCACAUGUGUGAUUUCUAUCUCGCUACCGUUCAAAAGUAGUUAACUGAUUAAAUUUUGGUGGAAAAAAAAGUAGCGCGGUUUCUCGACGGAUUCUCCUCUUACCCCUUCUCUUCGCUGUUGGGUGCUCUGGAUGAUCCCUCCUCUUCCUUCUUCCUCUAUCCCCCCUCCCUAUUUCGUGUAACGUGUAACAGUGUGAAAUUUGCACACACCGAUUUCGGUGUUAAACACCAUUAGCCUACGCAAAUAUUCGCCUGUUAUGUUAAAGCUCAAAAAGCGAAGUUUUAACGCAAAAACGAGUGGAUGAAAUUGGAAUUAUCGAGCAACCGAGCAAUUUUAAAGAGUUUGAAACAACUAAAAAAACGCUCGCUAAAUAAAUGUAUAAAAAAGCGUCUCGUAAGCACAGUCGUCAUACAUUUUGCGACGCCAAGAUAGGAUUUUUAACCCUAAAUGAAAAUGAAAAUAAAACAAAACGCCGAAACUACGUUUUAGGUUAACCAACGCGAUCUUAAAUCAGAUAUAUAUACAUAUAUACAUCGUUUCAACUGGUUUCAACUCACGUUCGUAUUGAAUUAUAUAUACAUGAAUGUAUGUACACAGACAACAGUGAUAAAUCAAAGUUUUUAUACUCCAAGUAAAAAUGUUCAAAUAUUACGGGACACUGACCUCCCGAGGUUUUGCCAAUUUUUCUAAAACUAUCGUUUUAUUGGAUUAAUAUUGUGCGCCGUUAAAAAAAAGGAAAAUCUCUUUUGGAGCAUUUUCAAAAAUGGCUAAUUCCGAAUUCGACGUUGAAUUAUUCGAGCGGAAGCUGCAAACAUUGAAAGACUCACAAGAGUCUAUUCAAGCCUUGUCGUCAUGGUGUCUGGAGAGACGGGUACAUCACAAAAAAAUUGUCGCAGCUUGGCUCCAGGUGUUGAAGAAAGUGAAAGUGGAGCAUCGUCUAACUCUGUUCUAUCUGGCGAACGAUGUAAUACAGUAUUCGAAGCGUAAGAAUUUCGAAUUCGUCGAGUCUUGGGGCACAACAUUACAAAGAGCAACGACGAUGGUGAGAGAUGAAAAAGUGAAGCAUCGAAUUUUGAGGAUUUUCAAAAUAUGGGAUCAACGGCAAGUGUACGACGAGGAGUUCCUUGCGGAUUUGUCAGGGCUUUUGUCGGCUGCCCCAAAGAAGAAAGUCGAGCCACAACCGACAGUAACGAACGAAGAGUUUCAAGCGGCUUUGCUUAUAUCGACGAUGAGAUCGUGCGCGAAUCUCGAACAAGCGACCGACGCGAGAUUGCGUGAUCUUCGAGACAGCAACGUCGAUAUUGACAACGCUGAAGAAUUGUGUGCCUCUCUUAAAGAUCGGAGACAUGUGGAAGAUGCCGAAAAAGAGGUCGACACUGCGGUUCAGAGUAUCGAAAAUUAUGUCAAAGCGCUCGAGGCUGAGAUACGAGAGAGAACUCAAGUUCUGGAUCUGCUCGAGCAAGCUGAUCAAUUUUAUGAAACUCAGCGUGGCGAAGUCAAGAUUGUUACCAACGCUUACCGGAACUUUGGGAGCCGUGUGAAAAACUUGAAGAAGAAAUUGGACGAGCUUUUGCCCACGCUGAUAUCGCCAAUUCCAUCGCCUGAUAUAAACGCUCCUUCACCGAGUCCGGACAGCGACAUCGAGCUUCCGGGUGAGGACGGGUUGUCUGGUAAUCAAACAGAUUCCAUGAUGGCAGACAUAGCGCCACCUUCGAUGUAUAAUUCUUACGGUCUGGAUUACGACCCUAUGCCCGUACCAGCUCCCGAACUAGCAUCGGGAAACAGCACGUCCGAUUUUACCAAUAAUUUCUCAUCCUUUAUGGGCGGAAAUGUUGAUUUCGACAUGAGGAAUUUGUUUAAUGAAAGAUCGGAGACUCCCACUAGUGGAAGCCAGAGAUACAACGACUCUUCCGAGGCAAUGCCGAUCGAGGUGAUAAACAUGAGGCCAUCGAAAAUCGACACGUCGAACGAUGACUUCAGUAUUUCGAAUUUUCUAAAGACGGUGCUUCCGGGAAUCGGGAGUGCUGGCACGGUGACCGAAAGCGCUGCAAAUCCGAGCGGAAUUCCAGGCUUGGGCCUCGACUCUUUAGACACUAGACCCGAAUCGCCGCAGCGUUCGGAAUACGGCUUAUUAGCGGACCCAAUGAACACACCGCCAUCCAUGAGCAGCCGUAUUAUGAGUGGAUCUGGAACUCCUUUGAGCGGAAUGAAUAACCAUCAAAUGAGCCACAGCACACCGUUGCCACUCUCGAGAAGUAUCACCAGUGAUUCGCACACGCCAUCCCCGUACUCCAGUCAAAACAGUCUAAGCAACAUGACGACAUUACCUUUCAUCGACACAACGUUAAACGCUCCGACGGUGAAUCCACUCCCUCCGCCACCUCUUCCACCUCCAAUAUUCCUCGACGAGGAAAAUUGCUACAACAAAUUGCCACCGAAAUUUCCAACUUGGACGUCCGCUAAUGAAGCCACCAAGAGUGAAAGUUCCAAAUGGAACGAUAAAGGUAAAAGCAGUACGAAUCCAACCUGGUCGGAGGAUAAUAUUGAAAAAAGUAAAUCACAGUGGGUGGAGUCCGUUGACGAUCGUUGGGAUUCUGGUAACGAAACGACAUGGACGGCCGGUAUGGACGGAAAGAAUGAAAUUCUUUCGGAAACACCGGAAUCCCCACCGAUAUAUGAAAAAUCUAGUUUUAAUACGCCCAUUGAAUACAACGAUAUCGAUUCGAGACAAACUAUUUUGAGUAGCGAUGCCGAUGUCGAUCACAGGGUAAGAACGAUACCGAUGCCGGAGGAACUGCACGCCACUCAUCGUUUGAUGAAAGCCGCGGAUGUCGAUCACCGAAACCUCAUAAGCUUGACGGGAAGUCCUGCGAACAACGCGUCCAACGCGAACGAAGCAGCAGAUUCUCGUCCAAAUAACAACAACGUGUGGACGAGCGCGGAUCAGAAUUAUCGACGCCAACAGGGCGACAUAGUGGAGAGCGUUGACAUGGAAAUGUCGGACGAAGAAGGAGAUGGAAAGCCGAAAAGUCGGGUUUUGGUUGACGUUCGGUCCCAGCAGGAUCGGGACAUGCGUUGUUUGAUCGGUCCGUCGCAGCCGAUGCAGUUGCCGCCGUCUGGGCAUCGUCAGGAUCUUGAUAUGCGAAUGAUACCGCUUCCGGGGAAUCCAAUGGCUCGCAGUGGUCCCGGUUUGCAAGGAGCACGUUUGCCGCUACCUCCUCCGUUGCCGGCCCCACAACAGUUCCAUCGGGGUCAGCCUGAUUUUCACGGAAUUCCAAGCUCUGAUUUCCGUCAGGAUUAUGGACCGCCCCGUCAAAAUUCUCAACAAUCGGUGUUUAUCCCGAAUCAACAGCACGAUUUUCACUCGGUUCCUUCAGACUUUCAUCAGAAUCAAGUCCAACAAGCUCAGCAAGAUUUUAACUUAUCGCGACAGCAACAGCAGCAAGAAUACGAGUUUCAGGAAAAUCCGCAACAUUCGCGGAUCGGAAUGCCACCGGAUUUCAUGGGUGGCGAUCCGGCGCUUCACGGAAGGUAUCCUCCAGGUAUGAAUCAGAUCCCGGAGCAUCAUAUUCAUCAUUCUCAACAGCAGCAGCCGCAACAACCACAACAGCAGCAACAACAUCCUCAAAUGCACCAUAGAGAAUCUCCGAUCUUCCAUAGAAACGAGCGAGGCGGUCGAGGUCGUGGCUUCCCGCGCCGCGGCCGCGACAGAUUCACCGAAGAGCACCCUCAGUCACAAAUGCGAAAUACUCCAAACAGAAGAUUACGAAACGUGGAAAAUGCGACGGAUAUACCGGGCAACAGUCGAGUAUCACAAGGUUUGCUUCAACCGCCUGACACAUGUGUUAUCCUUGACGAUGACGGGUUACCGAUAACGCGACCGGAUCUUGACAGCACUUCCCUAAAUACAUCCGAGCCGGGCAUGGACUCGCUUCUGAGUUCAGAAAAUAUGGAAAAAUCGAUAAGCGUUAAAUCAAUACCGCAAGACGAAACGAGUCAGGAACGUCGGAUGGCUUCGUCACCGAGCAGUACGGACAAUAUUCCUGGAAACAUUGUACCUCUCAACGAAAGCAUAACUUCUCCGUUAUGUCAUUCUAGAUCGGAUAAUCCUGGCCAAAUAGACAAAAACGAGGACACUUCCGGCGACGUUAUUUCCGGUGAUACCGAGGAGGCGACCAGCGAGGAUCGAUCGCAAGAAGGCUCGGUGGUCGCGCGCGCUGACGAACCCCCUCGACAACUGUCUGAACACCUUGAAGCUCUCAUGAAUUCUGGCAAAACAACAGGUGUUAAUGAGCUCAAGAGACAAGCGUCGAAUGGUAAUUUUGGUGAGCAAAUCGACGACGAUGCAACCGCGAUAGCAAUUAAAAAAAGAACUCUUUUGCCCAACGGUCCAGCGUUACUUCCUCCACCAGGAACGGAUCUUCAGCCCAUUGUUAUUUACGAUUAUGACAGUCACAACCCCCUCGCUAAUUUCCGCCCUCGUAUCCCCGGCAUGCCCACAGCUGUGACGGUAUCGUCAGGAGGUGGUCCUUUUCCAAUUUGGCGCGGUACAGGAGGAGGACCUUUGCGAGCUCGUGGAGGUUUUCGCGGUGGACCGAGAAUGCCCUGGAUGGACAGAGGUCCCCGAGGUCCUCCUAUUGGCAAUUUUAUUCCACGGGGAAACAACAAAAGAAGCGGCGGACAGUUUCGCGGCGCUCCAACCUUCCGGGGAAGAGGACGGGGCGGUACCAGCUGGUAACGGAGAAACCGGCGGAAAAUCGAAAUAAUAAUAUAGGAAAGCUCACUGGCGACAAGAUAAUCAACGUGAGCCCGAGCGUUGAAUACUAUUUUUCGUUGGGCUACAGAAGGCUCGAAAUGUCUUCAAUAAAAUAUUUCAAAUAUGCGUCACAAUGAUCGAAAAACAAAUUCUACAAUAAGACCAAAAAAAGAGGACACUUUGUGGUCGAAGAUCCUUUCCAUUUCGCGUUUUUCGUUCAUUUUCCGCAGGCUUGUUCAUUUGUAUUUUCCCAGUUACGUUGCGACGCGACCCCAUUAAGGCAGUUGGAGAACCAACGGGGUCUUUUGUCUCCUCAAUAGUCUUUUUUCAUUCGCCUUUAUCAGCGAAGCUUCAGGUUGUCACGACAUCCGUAGCGAGUUUGCACGCCGUAAUAUGCAAAAAUUUGUAAUAAAUAUGAAUACUUAUUUUUCUUCAUUAGCGUUAUAAUAUACAGGGUUGUUCUAGUUAUUCCGACGAGUUGUAGCUACUUUCGAAAUAAAGGUAAAACAAAAUCCCAAAA